GAAGUCUCGUCCGAUUUUGGGCUUGAUUGGGAGGCGGGAACACGGACUCUUCCCACAGGCCCUUUCGCCACAGUUCGGUUCUCACUGCUAGCCCUGUGACGUAGGCAGCACGUUCACUCACUCGCGCGCGCGCGCGCGCGCCCUCGCUCCACCGUACGGCGGCGCCUGGUGUUCAGACGGCGCUCGGGUCACGGCGGGAAUCCCGGCGAGCGCGAGUUCCGGUUCGCCACGCGGAAGUGCAACGGUGGAGGUUCGUCGUGCAGCUUGGUACCCCUUGCUUUUUGACGUCCUCAAAGUUCACUGCUGUUGAAAGGCGGCACUCCGAAGGUGAGGGGAGACCUGACUGGGUGGAGCCAUGGCAACAGGGGGUGGAGAUGACCCCUUAAAGCCCAGUGAGAGGGGGUCCAGCAAGGAUCAUGAGCACCCAAACACUGAAGAGGACGUGCUGGAGGACACAGCGGAGGUUUUCUACAGCUACGUGCGGUACCGAUACCACCAGGAAAUGGAGCAGGGCGAGCAGCAGCCGCCGCCUGACCCUGAGAUUAUGGCACUGCAGCCCAACGAGAGAAACCCUAUGUGCCGUGUGGGACAGCAGCUGGCCAUCAUUGGUGACGACAUCAACCGGCGCUAUGACCUGAACUUCACACGCAUGCUGUCACAGCUGGCGCUCACACCAGACAAUGCCUACGAGUACUUCUGCAAGAUCGCCAACAGCCUGUUUGACUCGGGGAUCAACUGGGGGCGUGUUAUAGCGCUGCUCAGCUUUGGAUACCGCAUGGCGCUGCACGUCUUCCAGCAGGGCAUCACCGGCUUCCUGUCCAGCAUCGUGCGCUUCAUCUGUGACUUCCUGCUGCGCAACCGCAUUGCACAGUGGAUUGCACAGCAGGGCGGCUGGCUGGCUGCUCUGGACCUGGACAACGUCUAUGUCAACUACAUGCUGGCCCUGCUGGCCGUGCUGCUCCUCGGUCAGUUUGUCUACCGCAGGUUCUUUGGCUCCUAAGGGAUUAGGAGUCAGGCAGCGUUCCAGGAGGUGAGGAGGCGGAGGUGGGGAGGUGUUUGAGGCGGCUGAGCGAGUGAAGAGCCAGAUGUUCUCCACAUGUUGUGCUGGUGACGUGUCACCUGCUCACCUCUACUUGACCUUGUCAGUGUCCUUCAGGCUCCAGACAGCAUCUUGACACAGCUUCUCCCCAGCCUUCACAGAUGUGAGGUAGCCCCAGCACCUCCCCUAUCCCAUCAGUACCACAGCUCCUGUGUGUCCCCCACAUGGGUGGAGCCUUCAUCUUAAUCUCUGCCCCUAUGGGGGACCUACCCCACCCACACCAGCUCCUCCCAGUGCCAACAAUGGUCCCCUGUCUGCUCAAGGCCCAGCAGGGUGUGUCUCACUCUCAGGAAGAACUCUGGACACUUUGGCACUUUGGACAAUGAAGUGGACUGCUUGGACCACUGUCUGGCCUGUCUGCAGUGGCCAGAACCAUGCAGAUCGGUCGGUCCACUUCCCUCCCAGUCCGGUGCAUUAGGGCUGCACCCAGUGACUUUGGACCUAGGGAUGGGGUGGUGUAACAAAUUGGUGUUUUACUCUGGUAUACUUUUAUAAAGAGUUUUAUUCCUGUUUGUUGUGAAACGUCUAGUCUCCACCACUACCUCACAUAGUUGCUCUGUUGUUGUACUGUAGUAAAAUGCUUUAAUAUGUGAGGGCAUUUAGGAUCUUGUUCUUUUUGUGGAGAAAAGUCAGAUUUAUCAUUUGAUGGGUUUUUUUUUAAAUAAACUAUUUUUCUUCAAUAAUUUGAAAAUGCAACGAUCACUAAGUAGCUGCAGAGGGCUGUUAUCUUUCCCUGCUUUAAAAUUGGAUGGACUGUAUUUUUUGUUAGUCAUUUCCCUUUUUCACAUUAGCAUUCAGUCUCUUUGACCUCACUAUGGUUAUUGGAAAAGAAGUUGUGCAAUAUUUGGAUUUAUUCAACAGAAAUUAAAUGAACUAAAAUAAGAGCUUUUUUUUUUUUUUUUUUUUUUGAAGACCUGUAGAACUGUCCUUCAGAACCACCACUAAUUCAGGGGCUUCUUGGUUCAGUGCGAACGUCCCCUGAUGGGAUCUUACUCGUUCUCUCUCUGAGACAUGAAAAAAUCCACUGGAACUUCUGAAAACUCUAAGGACUUGUGGGGAUAGUGUUUUAUUUAUUGAUUUUGGCACGAGGAGUUGAACAUCUUUCCUUGUGUAUUAUUGUUUUGAUCUAAACUCCAUGAUUGUAAGAAUUCCAAUGAGAUAUUUAUAUGUACUUUUCCUGUAAACAGGACAUUACAAUAAUAUCCUACCUGCUCUUUCCUGAUUAUAUUAGUCUGGAAGGGGGGGGGGGGUGGUGGUAUGUGGUGCUGCCCUGUUUGCAGUUCUUGACUAUCAUGUUUUUAUUUACUGUUAUUAUAAUGGUGUGGAAUCCCUGCAGCAUGAAAACAAGCAGAAUUUAAGGCCUCAGUCAUUUGGUUCUGAAUGUUUAUUGAACAGUUUUGUGUCUGGUGAAUUCUGCCUGUUUCAUUUGGCAGUUUCUCUCAUUGUCCUACACAGCAUUUUUUUUUUUUUUUUGAGCUGCUAGAACUGCUCCAGCUCUUUUAUUCUGUUUAUUCUCCUGGCUCAUCUCCAUGGAGGCUCAGUGCAGUUGUGCAUAGAUGUAACUAAGACUUGGUUUGAGCUGCCCUGGAAGCUGCCAGCCAGGGCCUGAACCUUUGUUCAGCCAGCUUGUGUCCAUUGAGGCUCAUUUUGGAAACAUCCAGGGCAAAAUGCCUUUUUACUAAAAUGAACAGAAGUUGUGUAAAAUGCAGUGAUUUAUAAGUGAUAAAUGAGCAAUUUCUUCCCUGUGUCCUCCAUCUUUACUUUUAAAUGACCUUGUGUUCAUCUUGAAGAAAUGUAUCUAUUGUGUGGUUCUAAGGAAACAAAUUUUGUGCUCAGGCACAAAUGUCCCACUUGUUUUCAAAAGGUUUUUGUAUCCAAAUAAAAUCGGAUCCUGUUAAAUGAU